AUGGCAGAUGUAUCAGUAGUUGUGUCGAGAGAAGCUGCCAGUGCACAUAGGUUCUUUUACCUUGUUGAAGAGAAUGCACCUACCUCUCCAUCUCUAAAAUACUACUGUAACUCUUGUUUUUUGUUUCACUCAGUUAAUGGUGGACUGUUGGGUACAAUGAGCUAUCGCGUGAGAUCGUUCCGCGGGAAGAAUGUGGCGGUUCCUGAUAUACCUGGUAGUCCGGAAGAGAGCUACAAGAUGAUGUACAGCUAUUUGUACAUGUUAAAGCAACUGAAUCCGGGAACAACAACAUGUGUGAAAUUGGAUGAGGGAUCUAAAUUCAAGUACCUCUUCGUCGCCUUGGGAGCUUGUAUUGAAGGGUUUACAGUUAUGAGGAAAGUGAUAGUUGUGGAUGCGACAUGGCUGAAGAACGGAUAUGGUGGUGUUCUAGUGUUCGUGAAAGCUCAAGAUCCUAAUCGUCACGAUUAUCCACUUGCGUUUGCAGUGUUAGAUGUAGAGAAUGAUGCUAGCUGGACUUGGUUUUUCGAGAUGCUUAAGAGUGUUAUACCAGACUCUUCUGAACUAGUUUUCAUGAGUGACAGAAAUAGAAUAAUGAUAUCCGCUAUAGCAAACGUGUUUCAUCAGGCUCACGAUGGGCAUUGUUUAUGGAAUUUGAAGGAAAAUGUUAAAUUGCAUGCUUGUGGCGUCAGAAAGGAUAUAGUCGGGCAUAGAUUCAUGGAGUUGGGCAGAUAUUACACGGUGGCUGACUUCAACUCAGCUUACGAUUCGUUUAAGAUAAGCUAUCCUUCAGCCUACAAGUAUGUUCAAGAACAAACUGAAAAGGACAGAUGGGCGAGAGUUUUUUUUCCACGUGACAGGUACAAUUUGGAUACAAGCAACAGUGUGGAAUCAAUGAAGAACGUUUAUAAAGAGGAAACGACGUGGGCCUUGAUACCAAUGCUGGAUUGCAUCAUCGGAAAAUUUUCUGAUUGGUUCAAUCAACAUCGGAAGGAUGAUGUUGCUGGAUCAAUUGAUAGCAAACUGGUGCCUCUGGUUAAGAACUACUUGCACGAGCUAUGGCCUGUUGCACAAAAUCUACCUGUGCGGAAGAUUGAUAGUUAUGUGUUUGAGUACGAGAUCACCGACACUGAAGGAAAGAUGUUUUUGGUGAGAUUAGUUGAGAGAAGUUGUACUUGCAAGGUGUGGGAUUAUGAAAAAUUUCCUUGUCUUCAUGGACUGACUGCUUACAUAUAUUAUACUACAACCGUUGGCAGCCGCAUUCAUAUACAUGAGCUGUGCUCAGAAUACUACUGGUCAGAACUUUGGGCACUGGCAUAUUCCAGGACACUUUAUGUUGUGCCGGAGAAGUCUUCUUGGAAUGUACCGGAUUACAUCAAGGAGGUGAAGAUCAUGCCUCCGGAUUCCUCCAGAUCGCAUCGCACGGAAGGUUAG